GGUUGUUCAUGCCGACACGUGUGGAUAAUCAUGAGACAGGCUGUUUAAAGUUGGCUGAUAUUUCUCUAGCUGGUAAAUAUGUGAAGAAAACGGACUCUAUUAACAAUACGUUCCGAGCUAGCUACCCAUUUGCAACCUUUCAACGUUGCUGUAAUCAAAACAGGAACAAUUCCGGAAGAGGUGAUGUGACGUUGAAUUGCAUUUUCCGGUUUCUGGUUCCUCCAAUCAGCUUCCUCCAAAGUGGCUCGCGGUCCUUGUUUGAAACACAGAACCAACGACUGACCAGUGUUCCUGUUACAACGAUAUAACGUUAGCUGUAACGUAUAUAACCUGGAAAGAGACAGAGGAGGACUGUAAUCGGCAUCCAGUUGUUUUAAUUCCCACCAUGGCAGAAGGAGGAGAUGUGGAAUGGGAGCUAAGCAAAGAAAACAUCCAGCCACUGCGGCGGGGCAGAGCCAUAUCAGCCUUACAUCAGGCGCUCAGUCAACAACAGGAUGGACUGAGCUCUGCCAUCAACCAGCAGAGACAGGCCUUUGAGUCUGAACUGCGAAUGUAUGAUGGCGAUGAUCCACUAGAUGUUUGGGAUCGGUAUAUUAAGUGGACAGAGCAAACCUUCCCUCAGGGAGGAAAGGAGAGCAACCUCACCACGCUAUUGGAACGGGCCGUGACCAGAUUCACAGAGGAAAAUAAAUAUCACGAAGACCCUCGCUAUGUUGAACUCUGGAUCAAAUUUGCGGAGAACUGCCCGGAGCCCUUGGACACAUACAGGUACAUGCAGGCUCAGGGAAUAGGAGUGACACAGGCAUCCCUCUACAUCGCUUGGUCUGAAGAACAUGAGAAUCAGGGCAACUGUCGCAAAGCAGAUCUGGUCUACCAGGAGGGAUUCAAGAAGUGUGCGGAGCCGCAUGAUAAGCUCCUGCAGUUUCAUAAGGCUUUGCAGGCACGUGUGUCCCGACAGGUAAUGAUGAAUGUGGAGGAGGACGACAGCGAUGAGCCGAAACAACAGGAGAGAAAUUCUCUAGCCGAACUCAAACGCAGAGGGAAGAAAAAGGCCCCCAUAAACAGAGUUGGGUCUUCAAUCAGAAGUAUUUCUGGAGGCCUGCAGUCAAUUGGUGCCCCUGUCCUUGGCAAUACUUCAAACAGUCGGUUGGUGGUCUUUGAUGAGAACAGGACUCAAAUUGCUGGCCCUUCAGAGCCUAAGUUGGAGUCUUGGGCGGCCCCUCCCACUUCCAGGGCAAAGGAGAACGAGCAGAAUCCGGAAAAAUGGUCUGAUGUCAAGAUCCCCCAGAAAUCCAAAUUCGGACAUGCUGUUAUGGCCCCACCGCCUCCAAAACCCGCGUUCCAACCUUUUGUUGAGGAGUCAGACCAGCUGCCAACAAUGACUCCUUGUAAGAUAAACCCGGCAGUGAACACAGUUUUGUCAGCACGUAAACCCUGCAGAGAGGAAACUCCUCUAAAGAGACUACAGGAGCACCAUCAGCAACAGAAGGAAGCAGAAUGGGGAAAACUGCAGGAGCAGAGCAUGUACUGUAAAGAGCUGCUGUUCAGCGGCGCCACUGAAUUCAGCUUAGAGGAGCUGCGCGCUGAACGCUACUUUAAAAAGGUGACCCAAGAAGCCGGAGGUCAGAAGGAUCCAGCUAGUGCCAGUGCUUCAAACUGACAUUUUUACUGCUCUUUUUUUAAUGGAUUUUUAUCAUGUAGUUAAUGCUAUGUAUUGUUUAUCCUGUUGUG